AUGGAUCUCCACGGCGACGAAUGGGCUCCAAAGGUGUCCUUGGAUUCCGCAAGCAAAGGCAGUGAAGAUGACCCGGAUGCAGAGCGGACAGGCGAGAUCAGCUCUGCAGACAUGGGCAGCAGCUUGGACGCGACCGCCUUCCUCCACGAGGAUUUCACAGAGAAGCUCGCCGAGAUCCUGUCCCUCAUGAAGGCCACGCAACCAGAGAUCGUGCGGUCCGUACGUGUCUUCCAAGCGAUGAGAAGUUUCGGCGCUGCCUUCCGUGGAGUUGAGAGUGACUACUACACCCUAAGCCAACCAGCACACAAGAUGCAGUUCUGGUCACAUAGCUGGCAUGGCUCGACGUGGGCAAAGGUCAUCACGCUCUACUUCAUUCACAACGCUACCGCAGCCGCGGCCCUUAGCGCCACACUGGCAUUCUGUGUCACCAUGUUCUUAUCGGUGUCCCGAGUACCAAGCCUUGAACACAUUGUCUCGACUUUGUCCGUGAGGGCAGUGCCUUGCUGCUUUGUGGUCGCUUUGAUGACACAUGUUCUAGCUUUCAUAUUCUGGCGGCGGCAGAAGGCUGUGUUUGUGGAUAGGCUGUGCAUCAGUGACUCGGAGAAGCUGAAGGCAGAGGGCCUCUUCAGCAUGGGCGCCAUCCUCAAGAGUUCGGACUCAAUGCUUGUUCUUUGGGACAAGACCUAUCAACAGCGCUUGUGGUGUACAUUCGAGAUGGCAGCCUUCUUGCACAGCCACCGAGAGCCUGACCUAAUCAUCUACCCAACGCUCCUGGGUCCUCUGAUGGCAGCUGGGAAUGUCGCAUUGAUCUUGGCCUGUGGAGGCGCGUACGUCUCUGCCCAUUUCUCUCUUGAGGGAAUGGGCCCAUCCUUCUAUUUGCCAUUUUGGUUGAUUUUGGCAUCCAUCGCGGCGCUGGUCUUCUUCAGUAUUGCCGAAGAAACUCGCCGGUAUUGCAGAGAAGUCGAGAAUUUGUCGCACGAGCUGCAGAAUUUUCGGUUCGACGACGCUGUGGCCUGGUGUUGCUCCGUUGGCCACGUUGAUCCGGACUCUGGUGCCCCACUGAUUUGUGACCGCGCAGUUGUGCGAAAGUGCAUCUGCAGUUGGUUCGGAUGUGUUGAUGAAUUCGAGAGGAGCGUUCGGACCGAGGUGCUGGACGUGUUGAAAAGUCACCUCUCAACGGCACUGGUCUCUUACCGACGCGUCGUUGAAGCCUCCCCAUGCAUUCUGUGGGUAUUUCUCGAUUUUUCUGUUGGGCCAAUUCGUCAUGGGAACGUCGAUACGGGCAUAUGGCUGCUGCUACGCGGCUUUGCCUACUGGCUAGGCGUGGUCCCGAUAUUGUUCUUGAGCUUGUACACGAUGGCCCACCUCUUGCGCAGGUCGAGAAGGCCGAGGUGUGUGGAUAAGCUGGUGUCACUGCUGCUGGUGUGUUUCGGUGUUUGCCUCUUUGUGUGCAUCGCAGCUCUCGAAGAGACCCUGUUCAGGUUUCUCCUGCGUUGGUUGCCAGACGCAGCCAUCGGAGCCAUUUUCUGCUCAGGUACCAUGGGUUUGGCUGCGCUGCUCUGGAACAGGCAACCCUGCUUGCUGCUUAGGAACUGA